AUGAUCAAAAAUUACCGAAAAUCGGAUGCUCUAAAUGAGCUUCACAUAGCAAUUAGAGCUAAUAAGCCUGGAUUGGUGUUAUACACACUGCAGCAUCAUCGAAGUUUAAAUAUCAACUCAAAUUUGAUGCGUACCUCUGCCCUUUCGUUAGCUGUUCGAAAUCAAAGCGAGCAAAUUGUUCGAAUAUUACUAGACUAUAACUGUGAGUUAAAUAAGCUCUCAUCUGAUGAGAGCGGUCGACUUGAAACACCUCUUUAUACAGCUGUACGACUUCACAAUUAUGCCAUUGUUGAGCUACUCCUGGUUCGCUUUCUCAAAUUACGUGUAAAUAAGAUGUAUGGAGCAGAUCCUAAUGUGACAGUAUCAGAUAAUCGCACGCCGCUGUACAUUGCAACAAAAGAAAGAUGCUUAAACAUUUGCAAUCUACUCAUUGCUUUUGGAGCUAAUUUGGAUAUUCCUGAUUGUACUGGACAAACUCCUUUACAUCUCGCAUGCCGGAAUAUUACUGGUUUCAGCCGUGAACAGAUUGCUAUGUCGCUUAUUGCUCAUGGCGCUAAUGUACAUGCUUCUGAUUUCAAACGUCGCCUUCCGUUAGAUUUUGCCGAGAUCAAUGCUUCUAUUCCAACCAUUGAGCGAUUACUUGAAGAAGGAUCACCAAUCAGUAAACACAUGAAAGAACGGUUCGAAUCAAAUAUUAAGAACACAUGCUCAUUCUCGUAUUAA